GAUCGAGUGAUCGAAUGCUUCAUCGACAGGGAGAUAGAAGUGGAAGGGAAAAAAUAUGCAACCUUGAUGCCGGCAGAUACUCCUGUCAUAAUAGCUGGGUAUUUAGAGGUGGACGGUUCUAGACAGCUUGUACCUGUUCUUGAUGAUGAAAGGAUUGACACUCUAUUCCCAACAGCUUCAGCGGUGUUGGCAGAGAUGGAUUUAGUGCUAUCUCGUUCUGCUGUUGUUCUCACGUUAAUUGACAGCACCUCGCAUGAAGAAGAAGGUUCGGACGAUGGAUUGUCUUCUCAAAAGAAGGAGGACGAUGAAAGCGAGAAAGUCCAAGUAUUGGCAACAUUCUAUUACCAGGAUGAGAAAUACGUCGUUGCUGCGCCAUUAGAGCCCGUUCUUAUU